AUGGCGAUAGAGCCGGGAAUUGCAGAGGGUGGUACGUUUGGAACGGCUCCUCUGUCAGUGGAAUCCGAGGACCGUCAAAGGACUGAGGCGCUAGCAACGAAAUCCGACGAUACUACGGGCUAUCUUCGAGCACCCGCGGAGAGUGUGACAAGUGGCCAAUCACUGAUCGCACAGCGCAUUCCACAAGUGCCGGAUGUGGCAACAGUGAAAGAGAGAUCUGAGGGUGAGCAGUUGGUCCUUCCGACUGGAGAAGUUGUGCGGGGCAGUGUGGAAGCGGGUCGCGAACCUGUACCACCAUACGAUGAGGCGCAUCGAAUGGCGAUAGAGCCGGGAAUUGCAGAGGGUGGUACGUUUGGAACGGCUCCUCUGUCAGUGGAAUCCGAGGACCGUCAAAGGAGUGAAGCGCUAGCAACGAAAUCCGACGAUACUACGGGCUAUCUUCGAGCACCCGCGGAGAGUGUGACAAGUGGCCAAUCACUGAUCGCACAGCGCAUUCCACAAGUGCCGGAUGUGGCAACAGUGAAAGAGAGAUCUGAGGGUGAGCAGUUGGUUCUUCCGACUGGAGAAGUUGUGCGGGGCAGUGUGGAAGCGGGUCGCGAACCUGUACCACCAUACGAUGAGGCGCAUCGAAUGGUGAUAGAGCCGGGAAUUGCAGAGGGUGGUACGUUUGGAACGGCUCCUCUGUCAGUGGAAUCCGACUACCGUCAAAGGAGUGAAGCGCUAGCAACGAAGUCCGACGAUACUACGGGCUAUCUUCGAGCACCCGCGGAGAGUGUGACAAGUGGCCAAUCACUGAUCGCACAGCGCAUUCCACAAGUGCCGGAUGUGGCAACAGUGAAAGAGAGAUCUGAGGGUGAGCAGUUGGUUCUUCCGACUGGAGAAGUUGUGCGGGGCAGUGUGGAAGCUGGUCGCGAACCUGUACCACCAUACGAUGAGGCGCAUCGAAUGGCGAUAGAGCCGGGAAUUGCAGAGGGUGGUACGUUUGGAACGGCUCCUCUGUCAGUGGAAUCCGACUACCGUCAAAGGAGUGAAGCGCUAGCAACGAAAUCCGACGAUACUACGGGCUAUCUUCGAGCACCCGCGGAGAGUGUGACAAGUGGCCAAUCACUGAUCGCACAGCGUAUUCCACAAGUGCCGGAUGUGGCAACAGUGAAAGAGAGAUCUGAGGGUGAGCAGUUGGUUCUUCCGACUGGAGAAGUUGUGCGGGGCAGUGUGGAAGCGGGUCGCGAACCUGUACCACCAUACGAUGAGGCGCAUCGAAUGGCGAUAGAGCCGGGAAUUGCAGAGGGUGGUACGUUUGGAACGGCUCCUCUGUCAGUGGAAUCCGACUACCGUCAAAGGAGUGAAGCGCUAGCAACGAAAUCCGACGAUACUACGGGCUAUCUUCGAGCACCCGCGGAGAGUGUGACAAGUGGCCAAUCACUGAUCGCACAGCGCAUUCCACAAGUGCCGGAUGUGGCAACAGUGAAAGAGAGAUCUGAGGGUGAGCAGUUGGUUCUUCCGACUGGAGAAGUUGUGCGGGGCAGUGUGGAAGCGGGUCGCGAACCUGUACCACCAUACGAUGAGGCGCAUCGAAUGGCGAUAGAGCCGGGAAUUGCAGAGGGUGGUACGUUUGGAACGGCUCCUCUGUCAGUGGAAUCCGACUACCGUCAAAGGAGUGAAGCGCUAGCAACGAAAUCUGACGAUACUACGGGCUAUCUUCGAGCACCCGCGGAGAGUGUGACAAGUGGCCAAUCACUGAUCGCACAGCGCAUUCCACAAGUGCCGGAUGUGGCAACAGUGAAAGAGAGAUCUGAGGGUGAGCAGUUGGUACUUCCGACUGGAGAAGUUGUGCGGGGCAGUGUGGAAGCGGGUCGCGAACCUGUACCAUCGUACGAUGAGGCGAGUCGAAUGGGGAUAGAGCAGCAGAUUGCGGAACACGGGUCAAUCAGUGCUCUUUCGUCAUCCGCUCCUGGCGAAAUUCUGCCUAAAUCCUCACUUACCACACCAGUUGGUAUUAUGUAUCUUCCCUCACCUAACGUUAGCAGCAGCUCGCCAGUUUUCGAGCAAUCUUUCGGCAAAGUACACCAAGAUAAGAUGUCUCUCUUGGAUCGUGCAAGUGGUCGCUCACUUAUAUAUUCCGAUGGGGAGCAUAGUCGAAAUGAAACAACCCGCGAUGGGCGUGUCUGGGAAACUUGCAUGAAAACAGCCGAUAUCCCAUUUUAUGUGGACCUGCCCUCUCACGAUAGCUUUGGAGAGAGUGAAGCUGCGAAAUCGCGCGUCUGUGAAGAAACAGACGCUGAGUAUGUAUCAAAAGAAGCAUCUGAGCAACAUGUGUUAAUGCAUACUACCCGGGAAUCGGACGAGAGACGUCUAUCCUCCACUGGAUUCCAUAUCGAUCAAUUAACGGAUUUUUCUCCUGGGACUAGUCGCCCUUCACCAGAAGGUAUACCUAGUGAUUUACCGACUCAUCUGGCUGAAGCGAAACCAUUUUCACAUGAGCGCCUAUUAUCCGCGAUGAGCCACGUGGCGUUUUCCAGAGACGACGAUGGAGGGAUCAAAUAUCAAUCGCAGUCCGUGGUUGAGAUAGGUAAAUAUGAACCUGUCAUCGGUCAACCGACAUUGACAGGUGCACGCUCUGUGGAGUACCGUGACGAAAAUUUUCAGUUUGAGGUACCAUUACCAAAGGAAAGAGCGAGCGAAGACAACAAACCUGGUAAAGCCGCUCCAUUUGAGCCAACAAUUGAUGCAAUUUCGUCUUUGAAACCUUCCAUAUGUGAUGUUCACGCUGAUCUCACUGUUUACCCCGACAGCGCUAAGCACCCUUGGAGGAACGCAAAGCAGAUUGUUCAACCUGACUUGAAAUACGACACCGGACCUUUCGCUGACUCACCUAGCAUGAGUAAGACCCACAAAGGACAAACCGCAAUCAAAAGUGCCACUCGAAUGUCCUUUCCGAGCCCAUCUCCGGUCGACUACGUGAGCGGAGUACAUUCAGGAUCACCUUCGCCCAUUCAGUUGAUUCCUGUCACUUCGCGCCCUUGUUCUGCAAUGUCCAUCCGGUCCACCAUACACACGGAACUGACUCUUGGCUCCGACAGAUUAGCACCACCUUUGGUGUCAUCGAUUACAACGCUACAACUCGAUAGCCCACAGUACGGUUAUUCCCUCUCUGCUACUCACGAGAAUGUGAAAAGAGCCCAUUCUCAUGAGUCUUCACUAAACAAGAUAACACUACCAAAUCCCCCAUUUUGUCCGUACAGACAUAAUGAGCUCCUAGUUAACAGUGACCAUUCAAUAAAAUCAGAUAUGGUGCCUCCUAAGAGAAUUUGGGGAAACAUUGAUUCCAACAUGCGUGGGAAGCGCGGACAGAUAGCUAAGAUAACGACUCAUACUACGUUAUCUGACACAGGACCAUGUCUGGGCCUAGUCUCCAGGCUGAGCACGGAAAUUAUCUUUGUACCUGAAGGUAUUGUUAUUAAUACACUCUCCUCGUCUGCGCAAAUGUUGACAGACCAGAUCAGAAAAUACCACUCAGCCACGCCCGUGCAGUUGGAUGCAAAAGCAGAGCCGGGUACUCCUAAACAGUUAGGGUUAAAAACUGUGACUGGCGGCAGUCCAGAAUCGGCUGUUUACGUGAAUAACGACCAGGUGGAAAAGAAUGUUGUAAGAGUGUUGAGAGAUGUGUCAACCGUCGAAGUUGAAGGGAUGGAAUCACUCACAAUGGACACUUUAAUGAUAUCCAGGGAAAUAGCGAUUGCUAGCAAUCAAGAAUGUGAACUAGAAUGGUCUGGAUUAGAUUCCGGAACACUCGGGACUGUGCCAUGCGUGACGGAGCAACCGGAUCGCAGAAGCUCCUCUAAAUUUCCAACAUCAUUGCAACCAUUGGUAGAAAACGAAGCACGGACCUCUCCGCAACUUGUACCCACAACUUAUAGUCAGGCCGAAGCUGCAUAUCGUCAGAAGAUUGAGGCGGAAUAUUUUCCGGCUUCGCGAAAAUCGCUUGAACAACAAUGGAAUCUGGAUAGCAGUAGUUUGGUCGGUUCUACGUCGAGGUCUCGUGCCGCUCGUCAGGGAAGAGAACUUUCUCAGGAAUGGAAGACUCUCGAAUCCGAGGGAGAUUCAAAAAUGACCUCAUUCCUGCUCACAUCGACUAUUGACAUUCUGUGUCAAAGUGAACCAAGUGACCCUCACAGCAGUGCAUCUAAAUUGGUUCAAGAACGUCCAGCCCAACAAAAAGUUUCGAGAUCAGAGUUCACGCGACCAGAUGACGCCAGUCACCUAGCGAAUGCCUUCACUGAUCCACUUGUGCUGCCGAAAUUUCAUCCGAUUCAGUUAGCGAACGAACCAACUCAUGGUGUGGUCGCACUUCCCAUCGACAAAGAUAUGGGAACUUUUGAGUCGAAAUAUGAGGUCCAGUUUAAACCUGAUGCAAAACCUUGCAAAAUUCCUGGUGGUAAGCUGACCACAUACCUUAAAGCCAACCAAACAUGCGGGACCCGUAGCAGUCCAACCAAGCCUCUCAGGUGGAGAUCCGAAGCAAGCUUGGCCCAGCCUAGAUUUGCGUGUUGCAUUUGCCACGCACAACGCUGCACUUGCCUGUCAACAACGCGUAGUCGUGGCUACCACCGAAGUGGGCCCAUUUCCACAGUCACUGGAACUCGAAGUAUACCACUACAUGGGUUGGUGAGCGACGGAGAAACGACAAAGACGGGUAAGCUGAAUUUGGCUGUUUCGGUGAUACACGCAGAUGUAGGUGAACUGGAGGUCAUCACACAAGUGGAAGUGUUUACAAAUGACAAAUUACCUUGGUCUGGGCAGCCAACACGUCCACCGGCUCCUUUGGAGAUUAGAAGCCAAGUGGGCUCGCCUCAGACCAGCCCAAGAAUUGCUUUUCCACGGGAUUCGCUUGGUGAAUCUACGGCUGCCCCAAAGUCUGUGACACUGAAUAUGUCUUCUACGACAAAAAUCGACCUUACGCACACAAGCGCCACAGGCAAGAAGGCGGUCUCUGAGGUCACCCAGCCUUCCACACAUUCUUCUCAAGCGGAUCGCAAAGACAUGGAAUCUAUACCACCUCCGGUUGAGUUCGCCAUAACAUCUGCUCAUGACCAGCCAACUGCCGAUGAGUUGAUGACGGAGCAGCAUUCAUACACCCAAUCCAAUGAUACCAGAUCAUGUGAUGCCACCGAAUGUGCUGGCCGCAUAAACUCACCCGGGCAGCCUGCCAAUAUGGAAGACAAUAAUGCCAACCGGAAUGUGUUCUCGCGCAGUUCAUGGUACGACCAAAGAUAUCCCGCUUACACACAUGGUCCGGGCGACAAUGGAGCCAGAACGACUGAAACCGAAGCUAGCUCACCUGUUUUCAUACCAGUUGACGGCAACAACUGUGGCGCGAGUGAAGCAUACAGCAGCUCAGAGUCAAAAUCGAGACAUUGUGAAGGCGCCCGGACAAACACAACCGCACUUAUCACUGUUCUAGACGAAUCGAAUUCAAACGUUAACGGGACCUUGUCUCUAGUGCACCAGGAUCAUCAGAAAAAUGCCGCUGUGGCCUCUACAUCUGCCACUCAACCCUUAGGUGCAAGCAGAGAAGAGGGCGGUGAUACGAGUUGCCUGGACUACUCGGACACGGAAUCCACAGAGGAGAACGAAGGGCCGUCACUUUCCACUCGGGCUGUAAGAUUGAAUACAAGCAGGUCAGCACGAUACUUCAAUACCCACUGCUUGCAUAUCAGGCAUGCACCUUUCUCUUCGACGAGCCUUCUCACUGCUACCAAUUACCUAGCUCUCGGAGCGGCUGGUCCGAUCCCUGCAAAGAGUGCGAACCAGUCUGUCUUUCCGGUCAAAAAGUAUCCGUAUGAGUUAACCAAUGGAGUUUCGCGUGAACUUGCCCAAGGUUUGUCCCUCCAUUGUUCUUUGGUCGCAUGUGCACAUCCUGCACCGGAACGGAAACAGGUGUUGUUUCACCCCAUUGUUGGUAAUCGGUACGGAACAAGUUGUGGCAUUAGCACCAAACGUCAGGUCCUGCCCGAGGAAGGACACCGAAGACACCAAGUACUUGGCCACCGAGAUUUUAGAGGUUUGGGUCAACAGAGAAAGGUCGAAAUAUGGUUGGCCCAUGCAGGCAUAAUGGAUACAAUAACCCCUCUAUUUCUCAGCGGGUACUCUGCAAACACGAGCUUAGACUCUCUCCUCGUAAGGACCUUAUUACCUAUUUUUACAGGAAGUUGUAGUACUGUGUUUGAUUUCAUCGACUAUGAGACGGAAGAAACUUGUUCCUCAAACUCCGGGAAGAUAAGACCUCAGCAUCCGGCUUCGAACGAUCUUCUUACCAUAGAAUUUCAUCAAUCACGUGAGCAAUUGAUGCCAUCUCAGGAGCUCAAACCAUUGUUCGUAAUUGAAGUGAAUAGUUGCGACGUUCAGCCACUUCACAUUAUUGCAGAGUUUAAGGGGUUCGAAGGAUCCAUUAGGAUAUUACCCGUACGAGAGUUCAUUCUUCCAAAUACACAAGACGGUGUGCUAGUGAAAGAGACUGCGUGUUCCGACUUCAUUCUAACUCCUAUAUUCGGCGACUACGCGAAUAUGGAACUAACCCAUGUGAGCACGUGGUUAGUGACGAACACACACACAGCAAAGCCGAUGCUUGUUUCCAAGUUUGCAGUCGAAAUAAUGUUUAGACAUGCACAAACUGCUGAUACAGUGUAUCCUUUGACAGUGGGCAAAGAAAACCCCAUCACCUGUUUUUCAAGUGACGUCAAACCUCGAAACUGGAUAGCAGCAGAGCGUGAAUGUGCUAUAGGAUGGUCCUCUGCGUUCACCUGGAACAAUGAAACGUGGUUAAACUAUUGCAAAAUGACAGGAUCUACCCGAAAUUUGAGUACACAUCUUGGCGUUGGUGACACAGAGCUCACCGGUCAUGUUACGGUGAUUGACGAUAGUAUUUCAUGCAGUGUCCAGAACUACGUGAAUGGAAAAAUGAAAGACAGCUUUCCAGAGGUGCACCACAAAUGCACCAUUUCAUUCCAUGGACAAGUUGUCGCACAAAAGCAGUCAUUGGAAUUAGACGCAUCAUUAUUAAUCCAUGGAAGGCCGAGUGUGCUGACUCAUGAAGUACUUCCUGCCAUGGAGAAGGCAGCGGAAUUCCCCAGUGUGUCCCAAUGCGCUUGUUUAGCCAUGAAUAGAUAUUUGGAAUGCGACACGGUGAAAGUUACUGAAAGGUUAGAUGUGGUUGCCACUUAUUUUGAUAAGACCGCAGUGAGUGGUGCGUCACAAGCGGAAGUUGGUUGCUCUCUAGAAUUGGUACCGGGUCGAAUUCUCGAGACGACGAACCUCACUUCUGUGUGCGGGACCAGCAGACUAAAGAUUGGUAACGAAUUCACAGAUGCCAUAUUCACUGAGUUAAGUGUCCAGUUUGAGAAUCAAUAUACCUCAGAUUCCGGCGUGACACACAAAUUGUAUUAUCUGUCGGAUUUAGGAGUCGGCGCGGAUGAUGACCAUACCGACUCGCAUUUCAGUACCACCUUGAGUUUCUCCAAUCCCGCCUUCAAGAGGUGUCCGAUGACUAAGGAGUCAAACAGUCCCAAUGAAGAGCACAGUGUCUGGUCUAGUUUCUCACAAACAUAUACUUCAAGCUACGAUGACAGCAUGUUUCGUGCUCCGCUUUAUGCCGAUAUUUUUGGUAGUUGUACGCAAGUAAUCCGUACGAAUCCUAUACGUAUCAAUAAAAAUAUGUCUGAAUGCGAGCGAGUCGAAGGUGCUCAAAAUGAUGGAAGCGUCCGAUUCGAAACUAACAUCGAAAAACUUCCAAUGCGAAUAUUUGGCUUUGCUGAGCACGUGCAAUGUCGCAAAAUGAGUAGUGGGGAGGCCAGUCUAAGUGUUUUUGGAUUUGUCCCAUGCACACAGGUUUUAUCCCAAAGAAUGACAUUUGACCAGAAAUUGCCUCGGUUUAACCUGAAUACGGCAUUGAUAAACACAAUGGUUCCCAAUGGGGAUACUAUUUUGUUCUCUUGGAGUAACUUUUGCCCGAUCCUAGUGGGUCAAUCUAGGAGGUCAACGUCCCCGACCAACAUGCUAACAGGGUUUGAGAACAAUGCUUAUUUAUGGCAGUUCGCAUCUAGCUCAUGCAACCUUAUUUUUACUGAGGAGCGUUACUUUCGACUGUUCAGUGAAGUUGCAGUCCGUGUGAAAUGUUCAAGAAAGAUCGAAGUUAGAGAGCUAACUGUGUUCUGGUUUUACGCACAGGAUGUACUGCAGUCAGUCCUAAGCCACGUCAAAGAGAGUUCCUACUCGACCAUCAAGAACGUAACGCCUUGCUUCCUGAAGUUUAAGGAUCCAAAACGGACGGACCAUUUGGAAGACCAUCAUAAAGAAUUACCUAAACUGUACACCCAUGUUAGCAGAAUCAUAGCCAGCACUGAUGAUAACCUUAUCCAGAUGAUCCAUGAGCAAUCUCCGGAGAUAGUUCUUCCUUCAGCUAACAUCUUGUGCCACGUGAAAAGGCUGCUACGACCAUUGAUUCAAAUGAAUGCUCUUCGCUUCGAAAUGCACAUUGAUUCAACGAUGGAGGAGAAGGAUAGGCUUGACCUGGACGCUUCCCCAGAAGUACGUUUGGGUCGCAGUGAUGCUCAGCGUGCUUGUCUUGGUGACUCAUCUCCUCGGCUAGAAGCCAUUAACUUGUUGGAUGCAUCGUUAGUGCACGAUUUACUUGACGGCGGGGAUUCACUACAAAUGUUUGAGGGUAGCGCCUUGAUUGCACAUAUGGUGGGUGAAUAUCUUGAAGAUUUUUCUUUAUUGCACCCAGAAAAACACGAAUCAACAACUCCAUCAAUUAGCUGUAUACUGUGUCGAGAAAAGCAACUAGGCUUUGGGAUUCAGAUAGGUGGUCAACAGGAAAUUUUGACAAACUCUGCAUACGAAUACUCUGUUGACUUCGGCAAUUGGCAGUCCGAAAUAUCAGUAAAUCCUCACUCUGUAAGCAACUUAAAUUUCUGUGAUUGUAUUACUUCCUUACUGGUCCCUUGUUCCUUUCAAUCAAAUCCAUGCAGCAACACAGCUCCGGAUGGCGUUAUAGAGGAAGGCAAACUUUACCAAAUGGUACAGCUCGGCCAUGUGUCUGAGCAAUACAUGCCUUUAUUCCCCCCACAAAGCAGUUCCAAUCGCCUACACUUGCAUACACCACGAGUGACUAAAUUGCUCCGCAAGGCAUUGGAAACUCCAUCCAACACUCAAGACGCGUAUCAUCAUCCCACAGUUCAGACAAUCCAGCCUCUUCUCAAGGUCCACGCGUUUAUGCAGUUGAUUAGAAAUCAACUGUUUCCCCGACAGGCUGACUCGUUUCGUAGACAGAGUUUGUGCGCAAUCAGAGUAUGUGUGCUGAACACAUACACGAAAGAAUUCGAAUGCUGUUCUUCUCACCAGGCACAUCACUCGACACCGGCCACUAUGAACUGGAUCUGUACCAUCUUAAUAUGCAGCCAAUUCUCCCAACUAGCUCCCCAUGAUCAACUCCAAGUGGAAGGUGAGCAAAGUCCAGGGACCCAGUGGCUUCAUCUGAAUGGUUUUGGAGCGAUAACUGCGGUAUUUCGGGCAGCCCUUUGCGUUUCCUUUGGCAAGACAUUUAAUUCGGUUACCACAUCGAAUAAGUGGGCGUAUGUUGCGUCACAAGGGGGAACAAGAUCCAUCACAAUGUGUAAACAACCCGAAUUGGUUUACAGAUCGCCGACUGGAAAAGCAAAGCACCCGAUAGGAAUCCCGGAGAUUAAGCGGAAAGAUUCAUUAAGCAUUCGUAGUUCAAUGCAAGAUACCAGCCUUACACUUAGUAUUCACCAACAUGAUAAACGUGAUUACUACAGACGUCAUACGUGUACGAAAGUAUCCGCUCUCAACGAUGGGGAACAUAUGGUAUUUCGUCGUGGUACUACACUAGGGCAGACGAGUAAAAUGAAAGUAUCCACCGAAGUGCCCUCACGGUUAACAAAGAAGGUAAGCACAUAUUCCAACGACCGGACUACAACACCCAAAGACACAGAUUCUCCGAAACAUGGUAUGCGGAUGUACGAGAAGAAAAGCAGUAGGAGACGAUGGUCUACUUCACCUAUUCGGUCCACGGGCUCAGGUUGUAAGCACAUCGGGGUUCAAACGGUACAUGACACACAAACUAGAAUAUCUGGAGCUUCGUCCAAGUCACGCUCAUGGGUAUCGGGUGACAUGCGAGAACUGAAUGGCCAAUUAAGGGUAGAAGAACCACCUGGUGAAAUCCAACGAAAAACGCCAAAGUUAUCCGAUGAAACAACCCCAUAUCUGGAAAAGCUUCGACAGAGAGUAAAACGUAGGCACAGAUCGACUUCUCGAACUCUCAGCUCGCUCAGUGCAAAGGAGUCCGAAAUUACAGAGACGGAUACAAGCGAAUUAGCAGCUUUGCGGAUCUCUCCGCAUACAUCACAUCUCCUUCCAGUGUCUUACCGAAGAGGUUCUCUUCCACUAGGGGUGAACUUGAAUAUACUGAGGAGGGGCAGAGACACUGUCAGACAAGUUACAAUGAAGUAUAAUACUACUAUCCCACAUGUAACUGGUUCCUCAAAUCCUACGUUUAACCCUACAACACUACGCAAGCGUCCAGGUCAAAGGAAGGACGAUGGUAAUGACACCAUAGGCAAUAUUGCAAUCAGGGACAGAGCAACUUUGUGGGCGUCUAGGAUAAGAGUUGGCCAGAGGUUGCUUGGUAAUAAUAAACUUCAAAGUCCGCUACCGGCAACUAAAAUGGUGCACCACAGUCAACCCCCUCCUCCAACCGGUAGCUCCAAUUUGAAGGUCUCUUCUUUGACCAGAUCGCCAGCCAAGUGCGACCCACCGGAGAACACCAAGAAAGGUUAUCUUCAUACAACGCGCUUUAAGACAGGCGUAUCGGCCCCAGCUCCUAUCCAGCCCAUUGUCAGCCCAAAAAGAGAUGCAAAUAUACCUCGUCGAAUUCCUGACAAGAAGCAGCCUCUGCGUAGCCUUGACCAAACCACCGUGGCUCAAAGACCUGUUUCGAGAACAAUGAAAAAAGAAAAACUGAAGCAUCUCUAAUCGGACUUCGAAAAUUGUACUUACCUUCAAUGAGCUUCUGUCUCUGCGAUUUCUUUUGCCGCUUUGCUGCGGCGUAGUGUCUUGCUGCCUGUGAUCAAUCUGAGAAUGAACUCGAAGGACUUUGAUUAGAAUCAGUCCGAUUUCUGCGAACAACACUGAUAGAAAGACUUAUGAAAGUUGGGUCGAGCAAGUUAGAAAAAGGUAAAGACAAGAAGAAUAGCUGGGAAGCGUACAUACUACCUGGGUUUCUUGAAUUGUCGGCGCAAAUUCGGAAACCAGAGAUCCGGAAAUCUGUCCACCAACUCAAAGACCAGCUAGCGUGUUGCACGUCAAAGCAAAUAUGCGACCUGGCAGGUUUCAUUUCUCAGACUAUGCAUUACAACCAUAUAUACUAUUAAUACUAAGUCAUCUUAUGACUCAGUGGCGAAUUCUGCUUUUACAUCGUAUCAAAUGGUCCUGAUACACCUCAACAAUUGCAAACGACUCCCACGGAGAAUGUCAUUUGUUGUACAGUAAUUCAAGAUGCUUUACCGCAACAAAGUAUUUUCAUAGCACACUGGCUUCGCCAGGUUCAUUGUUCAUUUGUUUUGGCUGACAACAUGACAAACCGAACAUCAUGGCCGUCCAUGAAUAAAUGUUUAUUCUGUAAGCGUCAGCCUGCCUCCUGCCCAAACUAUUUCCAUUCGCAACUGACGAGGAGCGAACGGGAGUAAAGUUCAAUUAAUCGGCUCUGAGCUGAGAAUCGAGGAUCGGUGGACGUGAUGGAUCCGACUAGGAUAAACUGGCGAGCACUUUCAAGGUUUGCCGUGAGAAACCAACGUUGGACUCUUGCGAACAGAAUCAUCACCGUGAAUCAGGUUCUAACAGUAAAAAUAACAAGAAACACAACAUAUAAGUUUGACAGAAGGGAAUUGUCAGAUAUGGGGAUAAGUAGAUCAAUGCAGAAAUUUCACAUCCGAUGAGAACCCUAAACAUUGGUCAGAAUAGUUUUCAAACGAACCAACAAUAAGAUUGUGAGAUUCCGUAUUGAUCGCUCUCAGCAAUGCACAAGCCAUUUCGUUCUUGUUUUGAUUCAGUCUUUAUACGCGGUG